AUGACAGAAGAAGCUGUCAGUUAUGUACGAUAUCCACUAAGAACACCUCAAACUGUUCAUAAGUCAACUGGUUCUUCCACCAGCAGUACUACUCGUAGAAAUUCAUUCAAGAACAGCAACAGGAAAAGUGAUCCUGCAAUGUUUCGUAAGCUGGAUCGGAAGAAGCCAAAUGAUCAGAAACUAAACAUUGCAGUUUCUUUGCCUCCAAUUCUUGUCUCUAACAAUGAAGAUCAUCUCAAGCUUAAACCAAUGACGAAACACGUCCUCUUCAAUGAAAUUUCAGAUGAAAAAAUUCACGAAUCACUAUAUCAUGAAGAAAGGUCAAGCUCUAAAGUUGCAGAGAUCAUUGACAGCUACAGUAUCAACUUAAUCCAACAAGAAUCCGAGGACUUAUAUGUGAUCCGCAAUCAGCUUCUUCCAAUCAAAACCCAACAGUCCAAUUUAUUCGAUCUCCUCAAGGAAUUAAACCGAAAACUCAAAGCCUAUGAAAGGUGA